AUAGGAAGUGCUCACUACGCAAGUAUUUUAGUUGAGCUGUCAAUAAUAUCUGCAAAGAAGUAAAUAUAAUAAAUUAUCAAAAGAAAAAAAAUUUAGCUUAACUCUAUCAUAAGUAAUACAUUUUUUUUUUAUUAAAACAGUAUGGAUUUAUCAAAACUUACAAAUGAAAGAAAAUUAUAUCUUUGCCGAUGGUAUUUUCGUGCUGGAUUUGCAUUGCUUCCAUUUCUUUGGGCUGUUAAUGCAAUUUGGUUUAUACGAGAGGCUUUUAUCGUACCACCUUAUGAGGAACAAAAACAGAUUAAAAGAUAUGUAAUAUUUUCUGGCAUUGGAGCUAUCUUAUGGAUGAUUGCCCUUGUUGCAUGGAUCGUAAUAUUUCAAACACAAAGAGCUGCCUGGGGAGAAUUUGCAGAUCAUAUUAGUUAUAUCAUCCCUAUUGGUAUUCCUUGAUAACUCAUAUAAUAUUUUAAUAAUUUAUUAUUAUAUUUAUCUAAUAAAAAAUUGCUACUUAUUAUAA